CUGCCUGACGUCGUGCGUCAGGGGGUCGGUCGUGUUUUACAUCCCGUCACUUCAUUACUAUUCAUUCCAUGUUUUAGGUCAAAAGUCGAUCAUGCGCCGUCAAACACGGAAGAGGCAUUAAACUUUGAAUAGAGCGUCAACUCUGAAACUUGGCAGAAGGUAAAGCUCUGCUUGUACUCAAGUGGAACAGAGGCAUUGACCUGCUGCACCGAGGUUACUGUCUGGCUUCCAGAUGUGGGGCUGUAUGUUUGAAAUUAAGAAGAUCUGUUGUAUCGGUGCUGGAUAUGUUGGUGGUCCAACAUGCAGUGUCAUUGCUGACAUGUGCCCCGAGAUUUGCAUUACAGUUGUAGACAUUAACCAGGCAAGAAUAGAAGCCUGGAACUCAAGUACACUUCCAAUUUAUGAGCCUGGCUUAAAGGAAGUGGUAGAGUCAUGCAGAGGGAAGAACCUUUUUUUCUCAACUGACAUUGAUACUGCCAUUCAAGAAUCUGACCUAAUAUUCAUUUCGGUGAAUACACCCACGAAAGUUUAUGGAAUGGGAAAAGGCCGGGCUGCGGACCUGAAAUAUAUUGAAUCCUGUGCUCGAAGAAUCGUAGCAGUGUCAAGUGGGUACAAAAUAGUCACUGAGAAGAGCACGGUGCCUGUGCGAGCUGCGGAGAGCAUUCGCAGGAUAUUCCAGUCAAACAUAAAGCCAGACCUGACUCUCCAGGUACUAUCGAACCCAGAAUUUCUGGCUGAAGGGACGGCUAUUAAUGAUCUGAAGAACCCAGACCGUGUGCUGAUCGGCGGUGAUGAAACACCGGAAGGUCAGGAGGCAAUUCAGGCACUUUGUGCGGUGUAUGAGCGUUGGGUGCCAAGAAACAAAAUCAUCACGACUAACACAUGGUCCUCAGAACUUUCCAAGCUGGCAUCCAAUGCAUUUCUUGCUCAGCGAAUAAGCAGUAUAAACUCAAUCAGUGCUCUGUGUGAGGCAACUGGUGCUGAUGUUGAGGAGGUUGCUCGUGCUGUAGGCAUGGAUCACAGAAUUGGAAGCAAAUUUCUCAAAGCCAGUGUUGGAUUUGGAGGGAGUUGUUUCCAGAAAGAUGUUCUAAACCUUGUGUAUUUAUGUGAAGCAUUAAACUUGCCUGAAGUGGCUCAAUACUGGCAGCAGGUGAUUGACAUGAAUGAUUACCAACGGAGAAGGUUUGCAUCCCGAAUUAUUGACUGUCUCUUCAAUACUGCAACAGAUAAAAAGAUAGCUCUCUUAGGUUUUGCUUUCAAAAAAGACACUGGAGACACACGGGAGAGUUCCAGUAUCUACAUCAGCAAAUACCUACUGGACGAAGGUGCAAAUCUUCACAUCUUUGACCCCAAAGUUCUCAAAGAGCAGAUCAUUCGUGACCUGUCACAUCCCAACAUAUCUCAGGAUGCCUCUGGCCAAGUCUCUCACUUGGUCACGAUCUGCAAUGAUGCAUAUGAAGCCUGUGACAGAGCUCACGCUAUUGUCAUCUGUACUGAGUGGGAUGAGUUCAAGCUGCUGGAUUAUGAACUCAUUCAUAAGAACAUGUUAAAACCAGCUUUUAUCUUUGACGGCAGGCGUGUUCUAGAUGAUCUGCAUCCAAAACUUCAGAAAUUGGGAUUCCAGGUUGAGACCAUUGGCAAAAAGGUCACUGUUCAGAGGAUUCCUUUCACACCCACGGCUGAAGUUCCUAAGUUCAGUCUACAGGAACCUCCACCAAAGAAAGUCAAGUUGUAAAUUUGGAGAAAUAAUGUUCAUUUAUCUUUUUGAAUGUGCAUUUACACAUAUAGGAUAAAUGUUAAACUUCAUUUUUAAAAUUGGUUUUUAAUUAAACAAAGCAUAAACAACCUAA